AUGGAUAACCGACAAAAACGGUUCAUUUGGCUGGAUUGCGAUCCCGGCCACGACGAUGCUACAGCUAUCAUGUUGGCAUUACACUGUCCCAACAUCACUCUCUUAGGAAUAUCUACGACCCAUGGCAACACUGACAGCCAGAGCACAGCUAUCAACGCUGCCAGGUGCCUCUAUGCCUUUGGAGCGCCAUCAGGACUGCGAGUGUAUCCCGGCGCAUCCAAACCUCUUCUUCUGCCUCCCCGCUACGAUGCUGAGAUCCAUGGUGAAGACGGACUGGGCGGUGUCGAAGGACUCCCUGAUGCGAGCGAUCCCGCGCUUCCCACCUGGCAAGGUGGUGCGGGACACAAAGUCUGCAUGAUAUCUAGUGGUCCGAUGACAAAUGUGGCGCUCUUCGUAUCAAUAUACCCUGACCUCGUUGAUGCUAUUGAAGAGUUCGUUUUCAUGGGUGGGGGCGUUGGAAUGGGGAAUCGAUCUCCAGUCGCCGAAUGGAAUAUUUUAUGUGACCCACAUGCCGCCCAGAUCGUUCUCAACACACUGGUGAAAAAGACCAUGAUACCACUCAACGUUACUCACACCGCAAUCGUCACAAAGACAAUUCGAGCCUCCCUUCUGGACCCAUCAUACAACGGGAAUCCAGAUAAUCCUCCCGAAGCUGUUUCUAAUCUUAGACACACACUAUCUACGCUCCUCACAUUCUUCGCCGACGCCUACAAAUCCACAUUCGGCUUCAAUGACGGCCCACCACUUCACGACGCCGUUACAAUCUUAUACAUCUCCCAACCCGAACUUUUCAAUUGCACACGAUUUCGCGUGGACGUUGAGCUCAUCGGCGAGCACACUGUUGGAGAGACGGUCGUUGACAUUUGGCAUUAUAAGCCGUGCGACCUGACCUGGGGACCUAAAGGCAGGAACUGCUUGGUUGCGCAGUCAGUGAAUGUCAACGGUUUGUUCAAGUUGCUGCUGGAAUGCGUAGCAAAGUGCGAUCUGUGCUCUCCGUUGAAUACUCUCAAAACUUAA